CCCAGAACGAAGCCUCUACUUUAGUCAAUCCUCUUUGCUAGCACCAUGAAGAAUAGAGUCUACUCUAUUCUUCAUGGCUAGCACCUAUGUACCAGAAACCGGCACCGCAGAAUUCCUCAGAUUUUCCAUCACAGAUGUAAACAAAUACUCCGGGAGAUUGUAAUUGAUUUAUUUCUAUAAAAAUUUCUCAUUUAGCCAUCACAGUGAAACGUGUCUACGUGUUGCAUUUAUUACCGACAUAAGGAUAAUGGGUGCACCAACGAGUAAUGCUAUUGAUAAUCUCACGCAAGCAUUAAAAUCCAAUAUUAUCCCGAAUCAAGAGUAUUUACUCCAGGGUUCAGUGUUGGACAGUGCUGUUGAGAUUUUGCUUCAACGUCUCCGAGGACUCUGUGACAACGUCGACAGUGGACCUGAAGGCUUUCAUGACCAUGAAAUGUGCUUCAGCAUUAGAAAGGGUCCACCACCAGAGCAACCACUUCUUCUUCGUGUCAGGAGGGCCUUAGAUUGUACAGACAUGCCCUGGCAGUUGAGGUACAUUGGGCAACCUGAGCUAGGAGACAAAUCUCGACCCACGAUAGUUCGCAGUAGCAUUGACAUCGGAACCAGCAACACAGUCGUCGACUUUCUCACAGAACUAGGAUGCAGACUCGAUUUCGAAUACAUCCUCCGUGGAUACAUGUUUCGAAAAGGAAGGAUGAAGAUCACAGUGUCCAAAAUAUUCAAAAUGGGACAGGGUAAACUACCAGACCAGGUUGAAGCCAUCUCCCAGAGUUACCUAGUGGAACUCAGUGUUCUCGCUCCCAGUGGACAAGACGCUAUUGCUGAAGAUAUGAGGAUAUUUGCCGAACAAUUGAAGCCUCUUGUGCAGUUAGAGAAAAUUGAUUAUAAAAGACUUGUGCAUUGAGUUUCUAAUCUUCGUUCUAAAAUCGACUGGAGAGUGAGAUCGUGUUUGUGAGGAAUCAAUUGAAUCGAAUUUGCUUACAAAUAUUUAUAAAUCAUCGAAAAUAGCAUAAAAAUGAGGAAUUUGUGGGGAAAUGGGUGUCAUUCAUACGAGAUGGUAUCAUCUCCGAGAAAAAAUUAUUUUAAUAAACUGGAAAAAAUCUGAAA